CCAUUCUGCCCUGAGCUGGCCGGGCGGUUCCCAGCUGCUCGGCUUCCAGGCAGCAGGCGGCAUUCUGCCCUGAGCGAGCUGGGCAUCCCCAGGGGCCCAACUUCAUGGUCCUAGAUCGUCCUUUCCCCCAAAUACCUGUUGCCAGUAUGUGUUUUUCUUAAGGCCGUAUCUAAAUGUGCUUGGUAACUAGUAAAAUCCUCCGGGGAUUAUAGUUGAAGUAAUACAUUGUUCUGAGGGGCAGUUGCAUCUCUCCAUCAUUUCCAGAGGCUUCUGAGGUAAAGAAUGUAUUCCGGGUUACAGGCAAGUUAUCUGCUGAUCCAAUCCAGAGUCCGGAGCUUUCCCGGACUAUUUUUAUUGGAUGAAACCAUGCAUUCCGUGUCUUUGGAAAUUCCCCGUGGAGGAGGCUAGCGCUCGCUAGUCCGCUGAACUGAAAGCCAGAUUCAACUGACCUUCGUCUUUGAGGCAAAGACCUGGUCCACUGGCCCAGGUCAUGUACACAAAGGCGGGUCCCAGCCCUUUAAAGUAGGAAACCUCCUGUCCUGCUGCAGACCUUCAGAGCCUCCCCGAGAUCCUGAGGUACGCAGCUGUCCACACAGCGUACCAUGAAUCAGGACAUGGAGCUAUGGAAGCAAGUGUUCCAGGAAUUAAUCCAGGAAGUGAAGCCAUGGCACAAAUGGACCCUGACAGAAGACAAAGACCUUCUUCCCAACAGCCUGGAGCCAGGGUGGUCACAGUACCAGCAGUGGGCCUUUGCCAGGUUCCAGUGCUCCUUGUGCUCUCGCAGUUGGGCCUCUUCUCAAGUUCAGGUUGUUUUCCACAUGCACAAGACUGGGGGGAAACCCAGGGGCAACGUGAAGAUGAGGGUCUUUGCCCAGAGAUGUCAGAAGUGCCAUCAGUCUCCAUUUGAGGUUCCCGAGUUCACAAAAGAGAACAUCUCCAGGAUCCUGAACAACCUGGUAUUCCGAAUUCUGAAGAAAUGCUACAGAGAAGGAUUUAAGUCGAUGGAGGAGAUCCCUACCAUUAGGGAAAUCACUCUGGAAGGGCCGCAUGACAGUAACAACUGUGAGGCAUGUCUGCAGGGCUUCUGUGCCCAGAGUGGCUUCAGUGAGGCCGUGCAGUCACCAGUGUCGCCAUCACUUCCUGCCAUAAGCUCACCUGCUCUUGGGACCACCAUUCCCAUGCUCUUUCCCAGUAGAAGUGGCACCACAGUGGACACAGUGAAGGGGAACAUCACCGCCGACACAGUGAGAGGGAACAUAACCGUGGACACAAUGAAAGGGAACAUCACCACGGGCACAGUGAGCGGGAACAUCACGGUGGACACAGUGAAGAGGAACAUCACUACGGACGCAGUGAGGGGGAAUAUCACUGCAGAUGCAGUGAAGAGGAACAUCACCGCGGACACAGUGAAAAGGAACAUCACCGCGGACACAGUGAAGAGGAACAUUACCGCGGACACGGUGAGGGGGAACCUCACAGUGGACACAGUGAAGAGGGACAUCACCACGGACGCAGUGAGGGGGAAUAUCACUGCAGAUGCAGUGAAGAGGAACAUCACCGCAGACGCAGUGAGGGGGAUCAUCACCACCGACACAGAGAGGGGGAACUCCACAGUGGACAUAGAGAAGUGGAACGCCAUAGCAAACAAAGGGAAGGCUUUACCCCAACCCUGGCAUCCUGGGUCCAGGGAGGCUGCAAUCCUCCCCACCCACUGGAGCCCGAGAGCAAACACCCAACACCAUGUGGAGACGAGAAUCCAAGUCAGUACCCGUAGCGAGGUGUUCUAUCCCCACACAGCCCCGAAUCCCAGGCGCAAGAACUUGAAUGUUUGCUGCUGUUUUUUCAUUCUGAUUAUUGUCGUGGUGAUUGUCGUAGAGAGCAUUCAGUGGACCUCCAAAUGAUGCCAAGUUCAAAGUCAUGUAGUAUGAUCUCACGGAUAGGAAAUAUCCAGAAAAGGUAAAUCCAGAGACAGAAAGUAGCGUGGUGACUGCCAGGGGCUGUGCGGAAAGGGAUUAAUCUGUUAUGGGGCUUUUGGGGGACAGAAGGUGUGUGGUGAUGAAAAUGUUUGGCACGAGACAGAGGGGGUCGUUGUACAACACAGUGAAUGCAGUAAACACCAUUGAACUGUUCAUUUUAAAUGGUUGAUUUCAUGUGAUUUUUUUUUAAGGGUUAAUGUUAAUUUCAAUUCAAUUCUAUCUUGCCUAAGGGAUGCUGAAAUUCUGCUCAUUUUCUGGAGAACCGAGACCGAAGGCUUUAUGGCUCACAGAACCAUUUGGAAAUCUCGUAAGACCUGUGGAUCCUCUCUCCCCAGAGAAGCUUGCACAGACCCGGGGAGGUCAGCAGGUGGAGGCACUUGCAGUGUUUUCACUGGGCUGAAAGCCUAGGUCUCAAAACUGUUCUCCACAGCAGGGUCCACGCAGUUCAGGGCUGGGGCAGGACCCACAUGGGGGAGACAGCCUUCAAACUCUGGUUCGUUUCUUUGGACUUUACUAUUCUUUGUUGCAUGGUUUGUAACAAGCGUUAUUGUACUAGUAGAAUGGUAUUGUGACACAAUGUGUAACUAAAUAAACACACACCAUCUGGAAAGUCA